AUUCUAAAAAGAAACAAAUAAUCCUAUGCUAAAAUGAAUAAAAAAGAAUGGAAAGGAAUGAAAACUAUACGUAUGAGAAAACUUCAUAAGAAAAUGUAAGAGAACUUUAAAGACGAUGACGAAAGGAGGAGGGAAGAAAUAGAAAGUGAGAGACGGAAUCAAAAGAAAAAAAGAAAAGAAAAUAAAAUAGGAAGAGUUGACACCGCUACGAGAAACACGUUGCCCGCAGAAAUUCCAUUCCCGUGUGAUUCGCUUCCAGAGAAUCGCGAUUGCCCCCACUCUAUCAACCUCGGAACUUUACGAUAGCAGGGGUUCCAGUGGAGCGCACGGAACAUGGGCGUGUUCUAAUAGGCGGAGCUUCGUUCUCGUUUCAGAAGUCUUCGUCUUGAAAAGCAUCAUUUCUGUGCCACCUAGCGCCACGAACAACCCCGAAUCGAGUCACGAAACACGAAUCCCCUCCACGUGCAGCGUCUCGUACACAUACUCAAAUCGUAUACAUAUAUGGACAAGCGAAUGCAUAGAGUAGAAGCUGUGCAAAGAAAUCGAGCGAACGUGUGUGGAACGAACGACGUGUGGAAGGGGCAGAAUCGAGGAUGCCAGUCUUUCCCGGGCUACGGAUCGGGACGGGAUAUUUCGUGUGAUUCUAUUCGAUCUUCCAGUUGAUCAACAAUAUCUUUUCUUUUGCCUUUUGUGAUUGUUUAUAGUUUUUCUCAAUAUUAAAUUUAUUUUCGAAAGAGUUGAAUUAUUGAAACGCGAGUUUCAGUUUUACGAUUAUGGAUCGAGUGAUGUGAAUACGGACUUCGUGAAUGGAGGGCAUAAUAUUAUAGCACGUGUAUUUGUUUUAAAAAACUUUUUUUUGAUUGUUUGAUGAUUAUGGAAUCGGAAAGAGAAAGUUUAUGAGAUUAAAAAUUUUUGGAACAAAGGAAGAUGAAGACUGAGAUUGAAACAGAGACAGAGUGCACGGAUGGCAUCCUUUGUUCAAACAACAACAAUGUCAACACAAACAAUAAUAAUGUGGCAAAUAUUAAAAAAUCUGGUACCAAUAUUACGACUAACGACAGCCACGAUGGAAUGGAAAUGGACUGUGGUGGUUGCGGGGAAAGCGUACGCGAGCGCACUGUCCUCUGUGUAGGGGGUCGUACCUGGCAUUCCAGAUGUCUGAAAUGUUGCGCCUGUGCUAGGCCACUGCACGAUCAGCACUCCUGUUUCCUUCGAGGGAUGCGGCUUUAUUGCAGACACGACUACGCCUUAACAUUCGGUGCUAAAUGCGCGAAAUGCGGUCGAAGCGUGGGCGCCGGUGACUGGGUGAGGAGGGCCAGGGAAAGGGUGUAUCAUUUGGCUUGUUUCGCUUGCGACGCAUGUUCUCGCCAACUCUCCACCGGUGAGCAAUUCGCCCUCCUGGACGCCAGAUUGCUCUGCAAAGCUCACUAUCUCGACGUGGUGGAGGGAAACAAUACCUCGUCCUCGGAGGAUUGCGACUCUGAACACGGUGGGAAAGGUAGCAAGACGAAGAGGGUCAGGACGACUUUUACGGAGGAGCAGCUAUCGGUUUUGCAAGCGAACUUUCAGUUAGACAGUAAUCCUGAUGGCCAAGAUCUCGAGAGAAUAGCGCAUGUCACGGGGUUGAGCAAACGAGUGACGCAAGUAUGGUUUCAGAACUCGAGAGCCAGGCAGAAGAAACACAGUGGGAAGAUCAAGACCCAAAUGCACCAUUCACCACCGAUGCAACAUCACCCAGUAGAAUUAUAUCCAACCAGCGUGAACAUGGUAGGCGCCUAUUUAGGAGGAUAUCAGGGUGGUAGCGCAGGAAGUGAAAGUCCUGGCAGUCCAUUGACACCUCUCACCCCUCUGACACCUCUAACCCCAACAACGCCCAAUCACCUUCAAGCUCAGUUCUGUCAUCAAACAGGGUAAAACUUCGUCCAAGAAUUGAAACCGAUGAUUAAAUUCAAAUUUUCCAAGUUUCAAAGACAUUUCUGAUUUUUUUAAAAUGAAAAGUUUCUGAUUAAAAUCUUUUAAAACAUUGAUCUCGUAAAAUUCAGAGAACAAACAAAAAAUAAUAAAAUUCCUGGAUUUCAAAGAGGAUAAUUUGAUUUAUAAUUAGUGGAAAUUUUUAAUAUUUUUAUAAUUACUUUAGUAGAUGAUUUUUUAAAUUUAAAUAUGAUGGAUAUUUGAUAAAAAAAGAAGAUAAAAUCUAUAAUGAAUCUAUGAUGGAACUUUAUGAAAAAUUAAAAUAUUAAUCCUCUUUGAAUUCUUCAUUGUUCUCUAUUUUUUGUACAUACCAAAAAUGAAUUGUUUAAAACAAGUAAAAAAAGUAAAAGUGAUACUACAGAUAGGAUAGGAUUCUAUGAGGAUUCUAGGGUACGAAUAAAUGAAAUGAAUUAAUUAUUUAUUCCAUUUCAAUUAACUCCCAUGACUGAUUUCUCAUUAUGAUUUCUUUUCAUUUUAACAGGUGUUUUAUUCAUCAAAAGUGCAAUCAAACGAAAAUUAGAAUUACAAUUUUAAAUGUGUUCAUAGAAAUCUUGUAUUUUGCAAUUAGAAAUUAUUUUAUAGAUUUUAUUUCUCAAAGUCAAAUAAUUAUUCAAAUUAAUUUCCAUAUUUUCAACUUUUUUAUAAUUCCGUUAAUAAUUUUUAUUCUUUAUUUAUUUUUAAUUUUUAAAAUCAUAGCAACACAUUGAAUGUAUGAUUAAAUAACGAUAGGUCUCAUUUUUAGCGAUAAAAAUUGUUACGCUCAUUAGCAUUCAUUAAAUUCUUACGUACAUGUCUCUUAUAAAGUAUUUUAUUUUUAAGAUAAAAUUGUACAUAGACAUAUCCCGUAGCUUUUGUAUAUAAAUUUCAAAAAGAAUCGUGCAUGAGUAUUUGAUAUCGCUCUCCAUAUUGUACACUCAUAGCGCAAUAUUGUAAACCGUACUGUUAAUAAUAAAAAUGUCUUUUACUGUUAA